CAGGCCAGCGCGCCAAAUUGAUACUGCCAACAAAGAGGGGUAAAACCGUCAGGAUGGGUUUGCUCGAGCGCUGUCAGGAGCUCUUCAAGACCUCAAACCUGUACGAGGUGCUGGGCAUCAACAAGGAGGCGACCGAGGCGGAGAUCCGGAGGAGCUACUACAAAGUGUCGCUGAAAGUCCAUCCAGACCGGGCUCCUGAGGACCCGCUGGCCACGGAGAAAUUUCAGGUGUUGGGAAAGCUGUAUGCGGUGCUGAGCGAUAAGGAGCAGAAAGCUGUUUAUGAUGAGCAGGGGGUGGUGGAUGAAGAGUCUGACAUCCUGAGUCAAGAUCGCUGCUGGGAAGACUACUGGAGACUGCUAUUCCCCAAGAUUACAGUGAAGGACAUCCUUGAAUUUGAGAGUAAAUAUAAGGGCUCUGAUGAGGAGCGGCAGGAUGUGAUCCAGCUGUAUGUGCAGCACCAGGGAAACAUGGACGCCAUCAUGGAAUCGGCCAUGUGCUGCUCCCAGGAAGAUGAGCCCAGGCUGUGCAGCAUCAUCCAGGCUGCCAUCGAGAGAGGAGAAGUCGAAGCAUUUCCAGCAUUUACUCAGGAGAGCAACAAGAAGAAGAGGGCUCGGAGGAAGAGGGCUGACAGAGAGCGACAAGAAGCAGAAGAAAUGCAGAAAGAGAUGGGGCUCGGUGAUGAGGAUGACAGUCUUGUGAUGAUGCUUAAGCAAAAACAGAAGUCCAGAGAGCAGAAUUUCAACAGUUUCCUGUCUGACCUGGAAGCAAAAUACUCCAAAAAAAGUGAGAAGUCCCAAAAAGGAAAAAGAGGAAAAAAGUGAAAAGCAUACAGGCUCUGGUUAUGGCAGAUAAAAUGUAUAUAAAUGGCGGCACAUGUUCUUAUUUAGAUAGAAUAACAGCAUUGAAGUUCAUUCCCUCUGUGUGUCCGUCAGCAGCUUUUUAUGUGACGCUUAUCAAAAUGUAAAUGUAUCUUUUAUUUCUUGUCGUGUGUUUCAAAGUCUUCAUAAAGCACAAAUAAAUACAUAUUUAUA